AAUGGAACUCUGACCAUUUGCAAAUAGAACGACGGACGGCGCAUCUGCUCGCAGAUUAACAUGAGGGGACGAGCGCUACGACUGCUACUCAUGUGCUCCAUCAGCUUUUUGCAAGCUUCCUGUCGCGUCGAGACGCGUAUCUGCACUUACUACAACGACUACUCGAAUAAUGACCCCGUUCUCGCAGUCGUAAACGGCACCGAGAACUGCUCCCUAGCUCAUCCCGGUAGACGAAACUUCGAGUGCGUCUUCGGCGUCACCAUCAACGCGUCCGGUACACGCUCCAAUCGAGUCGGCUCGUGCGUGUUCGAGUACGACGACUGCACGGUGAACGAGUGCGUGCUGAAGAAGACCGAGCCGACGCCAAACGACAACGGGAAUCAUCAUUACUUAUGCUGUUGCAAGGGCGACCUCUGCAAUAGUAAAAUCGUCGGGCCGGAGCCGUCGACGCCGCCAGUCAUCGUGCAAACGACUGGAUCGUCAGUCAGUGAAGAUCCUAGUACUUCUUCCAGUCCAACAUCUGGCUCAGGUCAGCGAGUCAUGGUCAUCAUCGUUGUGGCAAUAUGCGUCGGCUUUCUUAUCGUUACAUUUCUUAUCAUCCUUCCCAUAUGGUACUGGUGUGUCUGCCAUCGUACCAGUGACUGCGAAAUAGACAGAGAAGACAUUGAAAUCUCUUUGAUUCGAGCCUCGUCCAUCGACCUCCUAAGUUCCCCCGGUGCCAAUCAACCGGGAUCGCUCAAGUUUAUUGACAAGAUCGGAAGCGGCCGGUUCGCAGAAGUUUGGCGAGGAAAGUUUCUCAGCGAAAACGUUGCUGUGAAGAUAUUUUAUGAAGGAGAGAGGCCGUCGUGGCUUGCGGAAGUCAACACAUACGUCAAGCCGAUGAUGCUUCGUCACAGCUCACUGUUGAGAUUCUGGUUUGCAGAGAAGAGAUACGGCGAUUCAGGGCCCGAGUACUUGCUCAUUACCGACUACCAUCCAAAGGGUUCACUGUGUGACUUUUUGAAGGAAAAUGUGAUUCAUUUAGACGAUAUGUGUAUGAUGGGGUCUACUCUGGCAGCAGGCAUGACGUACCUUCAUACAAGGAUUGUCAGUAGCGACGGUGUGAAGCCUGUGAUUGCGCAUCGAGAUAUCAAGAGUCGAAACGUGUUGAUCAAGCAAGACCACACGUGUUGUAUAUCGGACUUUGGGCUUGCGAUCAAGUUCAAGCACGGAGAGAAGGCAACCGAAGCACACGGCCAGGUUGGUACCAUCCGUUACAUGGCGCCCGAAGUGUUGGAAGGAGCUAUCUGUUUUCAAGAGCAGUCGUUUCUUCGGACGGACAUGUACGCUGUAGCAUUAGUCAUGUGGGAAAUGGCCAGUCGUUGUGUUAUCGGGAAAAAUGGUGUGAGGCCUUAUCAGCAGCCGUACGAAGCAGAAAUCGGAUCUCAUCGAGAAAUCGGAUCUCAUCCGAGUGUGGAGCAAAUGUUGGAUAUUGUUGUCGUUGAGAAGCUGCGGCCGGCAUUUGGACCCGAGUGGGACAACAGAGAACCGCUUGAGACAAUCCGUGAGACGAUCGAAGAAUGUUGGGAUUGUGAAGGAGAGGCUCGUCUGACGGCUCAGUGUCUAGAGGAGCGACUAAAACAAUGUCAACAACUUCUACACCACUUUAACCAACCACAAGUGGUUGAACUUCCCCCUGAAACCACAGCCGAGGACACGAGUGGAAGUAGCAGCAUUGAUACUACGCCGUGGAGAGCACCGAAGCUUACCGGUGUAACACCCCGGGGCAUCGAACUUCCUAAUGGAACGGACACUCAUCCAAUCUGGCCAAACAGCAAUGGUCACAACCCCGUCAAUGGCACACACACCUACUUUUACCAGAGGGGCAUUCUUAGCAACGGGUUUGUUCCGCAGAAUGGAAUUAUUGAGAGACGGAGUCCGACGAAGGCGACUAACAUGCAACUCUUCUCUCCUCUGAGACACGUCUUUGUUCCUCCUCCACCCGAAGCGAGUUCCUCCUCUUGUCCUCCUCCCUAUAGCCCCACACCCGAGGCAACAACUGGCCUUAAUUUGAAACUUGUAAAUGGCAAAGAGACUGUCACUACAGGAAACGUUAGAGAGACGAGCUUGUGAAUUAUGUGUAGAAAUAAGUUGUUAACAACGUCAUAAUGUAGCCAAGGACAUCAAGCAGUCAGUGAAGAUGUUCUCAAACAACACUGACUACAGCAGUGACUGGAGAAAUUUAGAGAUGCAGCUCUAUUGUUGAGAUACCAGUGUAUCUAUGUAGUAGAGUAUGAGAUGUUUAUGGAUUCUUUUGUAUUUAUUGUAUUUCACACUUUAUCUGGAUUUAUUUAGAAAGAGUAGGUUGUAGAGAUAAACAAGUGAAGUUGUUCCAAUACAUACAGAACUGAUGAAAUCGUAA